AAAAAGCUCUGAACUCCUAAGGAAAAAAUGGGCAGCUCCCAUUCAAAGUCUAAGCAACAGCAACCUGGUUUUAAUGCUGAACAGGAUGCCAAGAAACUGCACAAAGCUUGCAAAGGAUUGGGGACAGAUGAACAGGUGAUAAUUGAGAUCCUGUCCUACCGGUCAUCAGACCAGAGGCAACAAAUAAAACAGAAGUACAAAGCCCUUUAUCACAAGGAGCUGGAAGAAGUGUUAAAGGGAGAUCUGAGUGGGAAUUUUGAAAAGGCAGCCUUGGCCCUCCUGGACCAGCCCUGGGAAUAUGAUGCCAAGCAGCUCCGGAAGGCAAUGAAAGGAGUAGGAACUGAUGAAGCCUUGCUGAUUGAGAUCCUUUGCACACGGACCAACCAGCAAAUAGUAGCCAUAAAGGAGGCUUACCAUAAGAUUUUUGAUAGGGAUUUGGAAUCUGAUGUCAAAAGUGAAACCAGCGGGUCACUGAAAAAAAUACUUCUUUCUGUGCUCAAGGCUAACAGGGAUCAAGGCGUAGAGAUCAAUGAAACCCUGGCCCAGAAUGAUGCCAAGGACCUCUAUGAGGCAGGAGAAGGCCGCUGGGGAACAGAUGAACUGGCUUUCAAUGAUGUCUUGGCAACAAGAAACUACAGACAGCUAAGGGCAACCUUUGAAGCCUACAAGAACCUGACUGGGAAAGACAUUGAUGAUGCUAUAAAGAGUGAAACUUCUGGAGACCUCAAGAAGGCGUAUCUAACAAUUGUAAGCUGUGCUCGGGAUUGCCAAGGCUAUUUUGCUGGUUGUCUCUACAAUUCCAUGAAGGGUCUUGGGACUGACGAAGAGACAUUAAUCCGCAUCCUGGUGACACGGUCUGAGAUUGACCUUCAAUCAAUUAAGGAAAAGUUUCAGCAAAUGUAUAAUAAGUCUUUGGCAGAGACCAUUGAAUCUGACACAUCUGGAGAUUUUAAAAAAUUGCUGGUCACACUGCUGCACUAAGUUCUUGUCAAAAGGAGAGAAUCCUCAAUGAAUGAGUUCUCGUUUCCAGAAACAGGAAAUUCAGUAGGAUUUACCUAAACGUUGACUUAUUGACUUAUUCAGUGGAACAGCUUGAGUUUGAACUCACAAUGGAAUUCAAGUUUCACGUUUCCCAAAAGUAAUAUUUUUCAACUAGGCUUGUUUCAUAUUUCAAAUAGUGUUACUAUUUGGAUCAUUCUGUCAAGAAAUGCUGGGGCUCUGUAAGUGUCAGAUUUAUCACAAGGUUUCACCUUACAUUUCAUCGUGUCAUUAUCUUUUUUAAAAACUGUCACAUUUCUUUGUGCGUGACAAGAGAGUACUCAAGUCCUAGAUGUUGCUAAUUAAAUUCAGCAUCAGCAACUUGCUAUGUUAAAAAAAGAAGAGUGCUUGUAUUUUUUUAUUAUUUA